AUUAAUUAGUUAUUGAUUACGGAUAUUAAAAAAAAGUAGAAAACAAAUACUCUCUCUCUCUCUCUCUCUCCACGUAUUGUCUGUUCUGGCCUGGUCUUCCUCUACUCUACAUUCACUUCCCCUGUAUCAUCCUCCCUCGCAGGGAAAUGUAUUUUUGGCCAAAAAAAAUUCCAAGAAACGGAGAUUUUUAUAGAGGAUAAGUAGGGUUUCUGCUGCCGUGUGUUUGGAGGCCGGCGUUGUUAUUGAUUGAUUGCGGAAAUGCCGCUGUCGAGGUAUCAGUUAAGAAAUGAAUACGGUUUGGCCGAUCCGGAGCUGUACAGGGCUGCCAAUAAGGAUGAUCCAGAGGCUCUCUUGGAAGGCGUUGCCAUGGCUGGCCUUGUUGGCCUCUUGCGCCAGCUUGGUGACCUUGCGGAGUUUGCUGCCGAGGUAUUUCAUGAUUUGCAUGAAGAAGUAAUGACAACUGCAGCUAGAGGACAUGGCCUAAUGGCUCGUGUUCAGCAGCUUGAGGCUGAAUUCCCUUCAAUUGAGAAGGCAUUUCUCUCUCAAACUGAUCAUUCGCCAUUCUUUACUAAUGCAGGUGUUGACUGGCAUCCUAAUUUGCGCAUGGAACAGAAUCUGAUCACUCGUGGAGACUUACCUCGUUUUGUAAUGGACUCUUAUGAAGAAUGCCGUGGUCCCCCACGGUUAUUCCUUUUGGACAAGUUUGAUGUUGCGGGGGCUGGAGCAUGUUUGAAGCGUUACACUGAUCCAUCAUUUGUUAAAGUUGAAGCAACAUCCUUUGGAAUACCAGCAUUAGAUGUUCAGAGAGAGAAGAAAAUCCGAAAAGUGAAGAAGAAAGGAUCGCGCUGGAGGAAUGGAGAAACCCCAGAAGUGCCAACAUCACAUGCCAAAUUGCAUCAGUUAUUUUUGGAGGAGCGGGUUGAGAAUGGUCAUCCUGACCCUGCACGCCUUGUGAAAUUGAAGAGAAGGCAGCUAAAUGGAUUUCCAUUUGAUCUGAAACCUGGAAAAAGUUACAUGGAGAAAUUCCUGGGAACUUCUUCACCUGAACAUAAAGUAGUUCAUGAGGUUCCUGUUAUUCCAUCACCAUUGAAAUUGAUAUCGGAUGAUUCUAAUGAAUCCGGGCUUGAAAUAGUUGAGAUAAGUACUGUAAGUCCUGUGAAAAAGUCAUCAGAAGGAAGUGAAAGCACGUGUUCAUCUCCUAAAGCACCGGAAGUUGCAUUAAAACCUUACAGGCAUGACUUGAAUGAGGAUGCUAUUAAUAGAGAAAUUGUGAUGGUCACUGACCCAGUUGCUGGUGGUGAGGCACAUGAAUCUCCUUAUGUCACUCAUAAGAUGGCAAUUGAAAGUGAAUUAGCAGUUGAUGAAGAUGGCAAAACAGAGGCAAGUCUUGAUGGGAACCAUUCUGAUGACCUGAUUAGUGAGGUGGAUAACUACACAGAUGCUCUUACUACCAUGGAGUCAGAAAUGGAAACAGAUAAUGAGUACAAGCUUAAGACUGAGCAGUGUUUCUUGAAGGGUGUAAAACAUGCGACAGAUUCUGAUGCAAUUGAGGAAAAUCUAGACAUACGAGCUAAUUUUUCUGAUUCUCAGUCAUUUGGAAAUUCAUCUAUGUCUGAUGAUGGGAGAGGUUCAUUUAAGCAAGGGCAAUCUAGUUUUUCCUACUCUGAUUCUGUUAGCAAUUUUGCUGAGAAUAUACCAUCUGACAGCGAAGGGGCAGUGAAAAUAUCCCCUUCAUCUGAAAAUCAUGCAGCAGAGAUUGUGGAUUCACCAUUUGACCCUCCAUCUGUUGAUGUGGAGACUCUAGGAACUCAAUCCAGUGAGCUUUUAGUGGUACACAAGAAGUGCAUUGAGGAAGACACAAUUCCUAAUACUGGAGAAGAAACUGGUAGUUUGUUUCCAUCAGAUUCGAAUAAUUUGCUUCCACCUUCAGUUCCUGUUGCAAAUUCAAUUGUCGUAGAAACUGAAUCAGAAGAAAUAUCCUGCGACUGUAAACUUGGUCCAAAGUCACCAAACAUUGGCGAAAAUGGGACAGGUUUAUCUGAUUCUUCCAUAGUUGUAUCUGAUGUUCCUUCACAUGCAGCGCAUAAUAAUUUACCUACAGUUUCUUCUCAAGGUUGUCUUGUGGAAGAUUCAGAUCAUGAAGAUCCCAAUAUGGGUUUACAUUCUUCAAAUGUGGCAGAUCUGGAAAAGAAAGACUCUGAUGGCUUUGUGAAAGAAGUGCUUCAAACAGAUUAUGCAGAUGGAAUUAAUGAUGAAAUUUUUGUUGCAGGAAAAAUUGACUCUCCACAUGCAGUUAUUUUGCCAUCAACGGAGCAGUUCCCUUGCUCAAUUUCGCCGGAAGUUGACGUGGAUUUAGACAUCGCACUUGUUUCUGAAAGUUCAGACAUUGUAAACCCUUUUCACAUAGAUUCUGAAGUUGUUGAUGUCACUGCUGGAGUUAACCCUGAAAAUGUAAGGGGUAUUGUGGCAACUCUAGAGGUUGGUAGCAUUAUGGAGCAUCAAUGCUCAGAUAUAUCAGUUGAUGUCUCACAGGUUGAACGUGAAUUGACUGAAGUAGGAGCAACACAUUCUGAAGAGACGAGUCUUGAAGAAACUUCUGCAGCUGAUGGUGGUGAGGAAAUAGGUAGAUGUGCUAGCAAGUUGGAUGUGGGAGAAGAUUCUGUCCCUUUUGAGCAUCCAGUGAAUUUUUCAGAUAAACAAAUUCUUGAUGAGCACGUAAACUUAAAGGAAGAUGUAGGUGCAUCUCCUGUUAGUGUUACUGUCACCACUGGUGCUGAUGAUGGUGUUAAUGUUGCUAAUGUCCUCUCUUCAGACUUGGUUUGCUCUCCAUCCAGCAAUCUUUCAUAUAUUCAAGAAUCUGAUACUGGAAAUGAGGGUGCACAUCAGAAAGGGUUGGACUUUAAUGAGGGUGCACAUCAGAAAGGAUUGGACUUUAAUGAGGGUGCACAUCAGAAAGGAUUGGACUUAAAUAAGGGAGCUUUUCCAGAAUAUUGUCCUGAAUCAGAGGAACAAAAGGAAGUAGAACAAAUGGAAGUUGCUCCUACAGAUUUGGACUCCAGUCCAUAUGAAUCACUCUCUGAUGACCAUUCCAAUCUAGAAGCGCUCAAACAUGUUCAUGAGUCAGCUGUUGCUGCUCAUACACAACGUUACUCUUAUAUCAGUGAUGACACUGUACCAUCUUCAGAGCUAAGCAAACUGGAUUUGGAAUCAAAACAACAUGCCUACUUGAGGCAUUCUAUAGAUAUUAGUGAAGAUGCUGUGUCUGCACCUACCUCUUAUCUAUCAGAAGUAGAAACUUCUUUAGAACACUCAUUGGAGUUGCCUGCUGAUCAAAUUUUUGCAGAAUCAGUCUGUGCAGUCAUGGAUGAAGUGAAUUUUGAGUCAUUGGAUCUUCAGAGUACACCUCCUUGUCACCUUGCAGAGCCUGGAGUUCCUUCAGAGUCGACAGUGGAAUUGCAAUCUGAUCAACUCGAUGAGGGAUGUCUGCAAGCAGAUAAGACUAGUCCUAAGUCAUCAAAUCUGCAGUUUGAAGAGAUACAGACUGUGAGUGAAAUAGAUAAAAAAAGAUGCCUUGGUGCUUCUUCCAAACAAGAUGCUCCUUCAGGCCAAGAACUUCAAAUGCAACCAGCAGGUCCAGAACUUAAUGAUGCUAUGUUGUCAAGGAAUCCAUUUGAUUCCGUCUUUCCUAGCUUUGGCAUACUCCCUGAGAAUCUGGAGGAGGUGCCACCAUUGCCACCCCUACCUCCUAUGCAAUGGAGGCUAGGCAAGGUUCAACCUGCUCCACCAGCUUCACAUAAAGAAUGGAUUGAUCAUGGUGAGGGCACCUUGCUGCCAAUACAGCCAUUUGCAGCUGAUGAGAAAUCACAAUUUGAUUUCCUAUCGUCAGGUAGAGAGAUUCCAAACCCGUUUUUGCAUUUUACUUGUGCUGAUAUUCAGAAGCCACAAUAUAUAUCUGCAGAGUCUGUGGAAAAUUCCUUGCAGCCAACUCCACUCUCAUUGGAGAUGCCAACUGUUAUCAGCAAUGCAAACAGUCAACUGGUUUGUCAUCCAUUAGAGGGAGGACAAUCCUUGAACCCAUUCUUGACCUUACCAGAAAUAAUUAAUGGGAGGCCUGAGGAUGGUUUCCUUGCAUCAGGAGGAAGACCAAUAAGAUCUAGUCCAAACCUAUUAUCACCAUUGGCAACUGUAGAGCAUAUACCCACUGAGCAUGAUCCUGUACCCUCACAUGGCCUGGAAAUCAAGCCCUCAAGCCAAUUGACACCCGAAUCAAUUUUAGAAGCAAAGGAACCUGAACACAGUUUGCAAAAUUCGGAAGAAAAAAGGGAUUCUCAUGACAAAUCUAUAUCAACACCAACUAUGCUAGAAGAUCACCCUCAGCAGGAUUCAUUAACCUUGCAUGGAGAAACAACAUGGGCACCAAGUUCAUUAGCUUUGCCACCAAUCUUUGAAGUUGGAAAACCAAAUGGUAGUAAGCUUCCUCGUCCUCGGAAUCCUCUCAUUGAUGCUGUUGCUGCACAUGACAAAAGCAAGUUGAGAAAGGUAACAGAACGAGUUCGCCCUCAGAUUACACCAAAAUUAGAUGAAAGAGAUUUGCUACUAGAACAAAUACGAACUAAGUCCUUUAACUUGAAGCCUGCGGCUGUGAUGAGGCCUAGCAUUCAGGGUAUUCAGGAUACAAAAACCAACUUGAAGGUUGCGGCCAUAUUGGAGAAAGCAAAUGCAAUUCGCCAGGCUUUGGCUGGAAGUGAUGAAGACGAUGAUACAGACAGCUGGAGCGAGUGAUUCUUGAGAAAACUUGCUCAAUUGCAGCAUUUUACCGUGGUGGUUAAUGCCUGCUUUAGAUACACAUUAAUUCUCCCCAAAAGUGAAUAGCAAUCACUGCAGUUUGGGUAAAGUGAAUAGCAACCACUGCAGUUUGGGUUUUCUUUUCCGCUCUACGCUAUAAAUUCAUGUAUAGUCUUUCUGUUCCACUCGUCUUCCUUGUCACACAUAGUUGUUGAAGAUGCACCGGUUGGUAUGUUGCCCCCUGCUCUUUCUCAGGAACCCAAUCCAAGGCAAAACGUUUAUUUUACAAGAAUGGCUCAGCGUGCAAGCGCUUAUCCAGUCAAAAUGUGUGUAUAACUGUAUUAGUAUCUCAGUGGGUGUAAAUUUUGUUGGAGUGGCGUAAAUUUUGAGGUGAAGCGCUCAUAUAAUGAAAUUUUGUAAUUUGUAUGUAGUGAUUUCGUUAUAUACACCUCUGCCCCGAUUAGAAUGUUCUCUAGUUUAUGGAAUGAUUGUAUGAGGUUUGCAUGAUU